UCGAAUUCAUUAGCGGUAAACAUUUCGGAUUUUUGACUCCUGCUAGGGUUCAUCUUUCCCAAAAUCGAUCGAAUUUGAUUAAUCCCGAGUCGAUAUUCCCCAUUUCCCCGCGAUCUGCUAUACGGUCUUGUGGAGUGUUCAUUGUAUAAGCUGAAGGAUUGCAGGCAUGGAUAGUAACCCUCCGUCUUCGGGUUCACAGUCGAUUUGGUCACAUCCUCCACCUGGGUCUAUGGCCCCUCAAAGUUUUGCUCCUCCCUAUCCUAUGCAAUUCCGUCCUGCAGCUCAGUCACCCCAAGUGCAACAAUUCAUUCCCCCACCAGCUACGCAGCAAUUUCAUCCAGCAGGACAAGCGCAAAAUCAUGGGAUGCCUCCUGGGCAAAGCCAACCACUUCCAUUUUCUCAGUCAGCACAACAGUUUCUGCCGCAGACUGGGCAUACUGGACCACCUUCAUAUCCUCAACCAAGUAUGAAUAAUACACAAAGCAUGUUGCAGCCUCAGCCUACUCUACCAAACCAUGGGGUUGCAUUCUCAACAUCAUACACUUAUGCGUCAUCUUCUUUUGGCAUGCCUCAGAGUAGCAUUGGCCUAUCAUCGCAAUUUCAACCUUCAUCCCAGAUUACUACUCCUGUUGUACCUUCUGGAGCCCAACCAUGGGCCCACUCAGGUCAAAGUGCACCUGUUGUUGCGCCGAUGCAGCAACCCGGUCAACAAAGUUUCCCUAUCAAUGCUAAUGCAAUGACUGCUACUAAUUCUGGUACCCCUCAACAAUCUGCUUCUGAUUGGCAAGAAUUUGAGGCGGCUGAUGGAAGAAGAUAUUAUUACAACAAGAUCACAAAACAGUCCAGUUGGGAUAAGCCUUCUGAAUUGAUGACUCCUCUUGAGAGGGCGGAAGCGUCGACUGUUUGGAAAGAAUUUACAACUCCUGAGGGUAGAAAGUAUUAUUACAACAAGGAAACAAAGCAAUCCAAAUGGACAAUUCCUGAUGAGUUGAAGUUGGCUCGUGAAAGGGCUGAGAAGGCUGCUGCAGAGGGAGUACACCCAGAAAUUAAUAAUAGCUCUGGUGUGCCUGCCACUGCUAGUGGAACUUCUGUUGAACAACCAAUUUCUACCACAUUGACCGGGGUUGGACUCAGUUCUAGUCCUGCCACAGCUGUAUCCAGUGGUCUUGAUGCUAAUGCUUCUACUGUAAAGGUUUCUGAAUCAUCAGCUGUUCCUGCAGCAGAGACUUCUACCACCAGCACCCCUGGGUUGCAAGCACCGGGAGAUGCUGUGGCAUCCUCAUCCUCUGAAUUUCCUGGAAGUUCAGAUGUUCCUGCAUUGUCAAGGACCAAGUCUACAUUAGCCACCAGCAUGGAAAGUCCAUCUUCUCACAUUGGAAAAGGUUCCUUAGGUGUAUCUUCAGUCCAGGAAAUUGAGGAGGCAAAGAAAGGAAUGGCUGUUUCUGGGAAAACAAAUGUUACACAUGGGGAAGAGAAAACAGUUGAUGAUGAACCUAUAACAUAUGCUACCAAACAGGAGGCCAAAAAUGCAUUUAAAGCAUUAUUAGAAUCUGCAAAUGUUAUGGCUGAUUGGAAUUGGGACCAGGCUAUGCGGGUUAUCAUUAAUGACAAAAGAUAUGGUGCUCUGAAAACCCUUGGUGAACGCAAGCAAGCAUUUAAUGAGUACUUAAUGCAAAGGAAAAAGGUGGAAGCUGAGGAGAGACGGCUCAGGCAGAGAAAAGCAAAGGAGGAAUACAUGAAGAUGCUGGAAGAAUGUGAAGAACUGACAUCAUCCACACGGUGGAGCAAAGCGGUGACAAUGUUUGAGGAGGAUAAAAGGUUCAAGGCUGUUGAGCUAGAAUCAGAUCGUGAGGAUCUCUUUAGAAACUACUCGAUGGAUCUUCAAAAAAAGGAGAAGGCAAAGGCUCAAGAGGAGCAUCGGAGAUAUAGGUUGGAAUUCAGGCAAUUUUUGGAAUCCUGUGACUUUAUCAAGGUUGACAGUCAGUGGCGGAAAGUACAAGACCUUUUGGAAGAUGAUGAAAGAUGCACACGCCUCGAUAAAAUAGAUAGGCUGGAAAUUUUUCAGUAUUAUAUCCGUGAUUUGGAGAAGGAGGAGGAAGAGCAGAGGAAGAAACAAAAGGAACUAUUGAGACGAGUUGAGCGUAAAAAUCGUGAUGCAUUUCGCAAGAUGCUGGAAGAUCAUGUUGCUGCUGGCACUGUUACUGCUAAAACUCACUGGCGAGAUUAUUGUCAGAAAGUGAAGGAUUCGGAGGCUUACCAAGCAGUUGCCUCAAAUCUUUCUGGCUCUACUCCCAAGGAUUUGUUUGAGGAUGUUGUAGAAGAACUGGAGCAAAAGUAUGAUGAAGACAAAGCUUAUAUAAAGGAUGUUAUAAAGCAGGAAAAGAUUACAAUUUCAUCUUCGUGGACAUUUGAAGACUUCAACUCCUCUAUUAAAGAUAGCAUGGACAUCUCCAUGAUAUCUGAUAUAAAUCUACAGCUUGUAUAUGAGGAUCUAAUUGAUAGGGCUAAAGAAAAGGAAGAGAAAGAGGUCAAGAAACGUAAACGGUUGGCCAAAGAUUUUACAGAUCUAUUGAGCACCAUCAAGGAAAUAAAUGCGACAUCUACAUGGGAGGAAUGCAAACAACUUGUUGAGGAGAGCUCUGAGUACAGGUCAAUGGGAGAAGAAAGCUUCUGUGUGGAGACAUUUGAGGAAUAUGUAUCUCGCUUAAAUGAGAAAAUGAAGGACAAGGAGCGCAGACGGGAGGAAGAAAAGGCCAAAAAGGAGAAAGAUAGGGAGGAGAAAGACAAGAGAAAGGAUAAAGAUAGAAGGGAAAAAGAGAAAGAAAAGGAAAGGGAGAAAGAUAGGGAUCAGAGAGAAAAGGAGAAGUCUAAAGAUCAUGCCAGAAAGGAUGAAGAAAUCGAGGAUGAGGAUGAUGUCGAAAGCUAUGGACACAAAGAUGACAAAAGAAGGGAAAAGGAGAAAGAUCGGAAACAUAGGAAGCGUCAUCACAGCACAGCAGAAGAUGUGAGCUCUGAUAGAGAGGAAAAAGAGGAGUCAAAGAAGUCCCGCAGACAUGGUAGCGACCGAAAGAAGUCAAGAAAGCAUGCAUAUUCUCCUGAAUCAGAUAAUGAGAGUAGAUAUAAAAAAUACAAAAAAGAUCACCGGGAUGAAUCUCGACGAAGUGGCCCAUACGAGGAGCUUGAGGAUGGUGAGGUUGGUGAGGAUGGGGAGAUCCAAUAAUCAUUUCAGGCCUUUUCCUGCCUUCUCAACUAUUAUCCAUGACAUUACUAUAUCAUGGUAUUUUACUGCAAAAUCAACUGUUUUGCUGGAUGAUUAGAUUGGUUCCCUAUGCUUGUACUUUCCCUCCUCAUUGGGUUCACUUUGUGUCAUGAAAAAUUUUCCUGCGGCAAAAUACUGUUGGAGUUCUAAUAGAUAUAAUGUUUAAGUUGGCAGAUGGGAGAAGCGGUCUGGCAUGACCAUCUUUGGCAUCUGUUAAUUCUUGCUAGUUAUGCAUUCAUCAGCCUUUCAGAAUGUUUUGGGAACAGUUUAUGUAGUGUGGAUGCUAUAUGCAGGCGCAUAAUAUACAUAGUAUUACUUUUGUGCUUAUAA